GAGCAUCGUACUUCUCAUACAAGCAGAGCAGAGAACUCACCGAGUGGGGUUCCAGUCCCUUUGAUCACCUCUUGUAAAUAACACAGUCUUGGGACACGUUUAACCGGACAGGUGCCGCAGGAAUUAGACCACACAUCCACCAAGAAAAAGCAGAACGAAACUAACAACAGCAAUGCCUUUUGGCUGCAUAACGCUCGGUGACAAAAAGGAUUACAAUAACCCCUCGGACGUAACGGACAAAUAUGAUUUGGGACAAACAGUCAAAACGGUGAAGCAUCCAAACAUAUUACAGCUGGUCGAUGUCUUUGAAACACGCAAGGAAUAUUUCAUUUUCCUGGAACUUGCCACAGGUCGAGAGGUGUUCGAUUGGAUCCUGGACCAAGGUUACUAUUCUGAGAGAGAUACCAGCAAUGUGAUCAGACAAGUAUUGGAGGCUGUGGCGUACCUGCAUUCCCUCAAAAUUGUGCACAGAAAUCUUAAGCUGGAAAACUUAGUUUACUUCAAUCGUCUAAAAAACUCCAAGAUUGUCAUAAGCGAUUUUCAUCUGGCUAAAUUGGAGAAUGGACUGAUUAAAGAGCCUUGUGGAACACCAGAGUAUCUUGCUCCAGAGGUGGUUGGACGACAGAAAUAUGGACGACCAGUUGACUGCUGGGCCAUUGGAGUGAUCAUGUACAUACUGUUAUCAGGGAACCCACCUUUUUAUGAUGAAAACGAUGAUGAAGAUUAUGAAAACCAUGACAAGAACUUAUUCCGAAAAAUCCUAGCUGGGGACUAUGAGUUUGAUUCUCCAUACUGGGAUGACAUUUCAGAAGCUGCAAAAGAUUUGGUGAGUCGUUUGAUGGAGGUUGACCAGGACACAAGGAUAACAGCUCAAGAAGCCAUAAACCAUGAAUGGAUUUCAGGAAACGCAGCUUCAGACAAGAACAUCAAGGAUGGUGUCUGUGCUCAAAUUGAGAAAAACUUCGCCAAAGCGAAAUGGAAGAAAGCAGUGAGGGUAACGACGAUCAUGAAACGCCUGCGGGCACCUGAGCAAAGUGAGACAGGCAACAAAUCGCCAGCAGCAGUGCCCGCUCCAUCGGGCGAAGCUGAGAACAAGUCAGCGAGCGGCACUGCGGCGUCGCCCAGCCAGGCAGACAACUCCGCGAAGGUCGGCGUGACAGCGGAGACCUCCCCCCGGUGUAAUGGAGAGGCAGUCAGUCCCCACAAAUCCGCUGCCGAAGCGUGGGAAGGACAAAAUGGCUGAAACCGUCAUCGCUUGCACAGAGAACUUAUUGUACAAAGUUUUAAAAAAAAAGUUUCACAUUUUUAAAAGUUAUAAGAGUGGAAGGCAUGAUCAAACGGAUCAUUCACAUUAACAAGAAAAUUAAAUAAAUUGAAGCAUCAUACAGAUUCGAUAAUUGCCGUAGUUAGUUCCAGUGGGGCAUGUGUUAAAAAGUCUGUGAGAUUUUGAAGCAAUAAUUGGCAUAUGUGAAUACUAUCUUGGCCAAAGCGAAUCUAGGAUGAGUAACUUGGAGGGAGUGCUGUAGCCAAAGCCUAAAUCUGCCUGUCAUCUUUUUUUGCCCACAGUGUAUCCACAUAGUACACGUCUAGGCUAUUAUUCUUUUCAAUCAUUUUACAUAGGAGGAGAAAAGAACUACUUUAAUUGCAGUUUUUUGUUUAAAACCACAGAUUAUACUUGUUCCCCUCUGUGGUGCCCCUGCUCUGGACUGUAUGGGUGGGUAGAUCUUAUUAAAAUGUUUUAAUAUCAGGCUGUCCUUUCUUUAGUGGAGCUGACACCCUAAGCUCUUGCAGCUCAUUUUUCAGUUUCUCACAGAAUCACAGAAUUAUUAUGGUGCAGAAGGAGGCUGUUCGGUCCAUCGUGGGCAACGUUCUCCUUCUGACCCGGAGCUUUUACGUGUCGGGAAAUGGCAAGGCUCUGCUCGCGAUUUUCAGUCCACUGAAAUUUACGGGCCGGCUAUGCUCGUGACUUCCCGAUCUCCCCAGCUAACCAGCUGGCCCCUGGUGCUCUUGGUCAGCAUCACACCAGUAGGAUCCCUAAAGUGUCUAGCAUGGGAACUGCGCUGUCAGACAUGUCGGCCUGGAGAUCCCUCCCGCCAAAGCCGUGAACCCAGUUCCAAUGGGCUGCUAAAUCAAUGGAGCAUUCCAAAUCCCGCAGCUCCCCUAUCCAGCAGAACUUUUGUAGCUGUCAGAGCUUUUCACACUGUAUUGCAGAGUUUAGUUUACAUACAAUACAUCUCCAUUGCCAGCGAAUGAAUCAGCACAUUUCUUCUGUUAAUUAUAUUAUUCUUCAUUUCGAUGCUCAAUGUAUUCCAUUUAAGACAGAAAUUUGGGGUCCUCAAAUUGGGUUUCCUAAUCAUGUCCAGUAUUGGAGUUGCAGGUGUAACACUUAAUUGGUCACUAUACAGUCCACAUGUCUCUUUAAGCCACAUCCUGCAUUUCAGAUUUUGCAGAAAAAAAUGUUGUUGGCAGAUAUUCUAUGAUAGAAAAUGCACGUAUUUUGAAAGCUUUGGGGUGCAGAGGAAGGGCAUUCAGUUUUUCAUGGUGUGAACUUCAUAGGAUGGUAAUGGUAAGCAUUAUUUUAAGCAAAGCUUUUACUUUUGUGUAUAAAUUUCUAGACAGCUUCUUUGGGAAUAUUCCAAAAACUGCCUGUCUGUUGGUGCCCUGGCACAGAUUCAUCACACACAAAUUAGAAGCCGUUUGGAAUUAUGUAUAUAGCCAGGUGACAAACUACGGAAACUUUCAAAUGACAACAAAAAAGUUUAAAUUGUUUAAAAAAAGGCUAAAUUUGUAACAAUGUGUAUGUAUUUGGAAAUAUAUUUGUUAAGAGAUUAAAAUAUCUGUGGCAGAAAUGUGCAGAGUCUUCUGUGCUGUGAAGAAAAUAAGAUGCACAGAGGAAGGCUGUUGCAUGUGGGCGACUUGUAAUAUGUACAUGUAGUUGCAUGCUUGUAGUUCUUACGCUUAUAUUUUGUCACACUAACAUGGUGGGGUUAACAUGGUGUAAUUUCUUGUGCUGUAACAUGUAAAAUAAUCAAGUCAAUUUAAAAAGAUGGUUUGAAAAUUGGUGAAGAUGUUUAGACUGCUAAUUUACG